AUGAGCACAGGCUUAAGAGGCAUAGGGAGAAUGCGGGACGGGCCUGUCUUCGAGAAGCAGAUCGAUCUUGUUUGCGUCAACUUCAUAGUGGAUAUCCACGUUCACCCACGCAUCAAGGUAUCGGUACCUUCCGUAGCAGGUCUGACGACCUAUGUGGCGGCCGGUCCUAAAGGCCGGUAUUCAGUCAAAAAUGCUCCAUUGUGUGCCAAUGAAUUUGUCGAUAAUAUAGAACCCAAUGCAAGGCUACCGGGAAUGGUCAUAACUUACAUGACCAAUGACCGGAUCUACCUGGGCAUCGGGUAUUCCGCAACUUAG